UAUGGUUCUCAACACCGAUCCACAGAAGGUUCAGCAUAAGCCACACUGGACACCUGGCGAAACACCCAUCGAAUCGUUCGGCGAUCAAAACAAAGACGACAUUUACUACCGCGAAGGACAUCCCGAUGUUGCAGGCAUCGACGCAAAUGACGAAUCAUCAUGGAAUUAUCGCAAACUUGUCAUAGUGGGCGAUAUGCACGUGGGAAAGACUGCAUUGCUCCUGACUUUUGACCAAGGAGAUUUCGGAGGGGGCUACCAUCCCACCGUCCACAACCAAAAAUCAAAGUUGGUCAUCGAUGGAAAACUCGUAGCACUGGACAUGUUUGACACAGUCUCCGACGGCCAUUACGAUCGUCUGAGACCUCUCUCUUAUCCGGGUGCACACAUACUCCUCGUGGCUUUCAGCGUCGAUGCACGCUAUACUUUUGAUAAUGUCAUAGAAAACUGGAUGCCAGAGAUUCUACAUUUCUGCAAAGAUGUUCCAUUUAUUCUAGUUGGCACCAAGACGGAUCUACGCCAUGAAGAAAAGACUUCGAGGAAGCCGGUCGGGCAGGGCGGGGAGGCUCUUGUCACAACCGAGGAGGGGCAAGAGUUGGCUAAGCAGAUUGGUGCAUACAUGUAUCUGGAAUGCUCUGUUGAAAGAGACGAGGGUGUCAAGGAAGUCUUUCUAGCUGCAUCCCGAAUUGCGCUUCAUGGCUUAUCCCUCAAGGAUAAAGAGAGCAAGAAAGGUAAAGGGUGUGUUGUUCUCUAA